CAGGAAGCAGAAGGGGGUCAUUUCAUCCUAUAACUGUUGCCCUCCUGGUGGCAGUUGGACUCGACUUGCUGUGCAGGAAGCCCAGCUCCAUCAGCUAAUGAUAUUCCCUUAUCUUGGUACUGCAGGCUGCUGAGCACCGGCCGGAGACCUCUGCUUGAGGGUCCUUCCUCUGAAGACAUCGCCAGUGUGUGGAGCCCGCCCCACACCCACUCCCUGCCACACCACGGCCUUUACCUGUGUCUUCCGGUGUUUCCCCUGCGACCCGUCCUGUGGGAGUGCCUCGUGGGCUGCCCCAGAGUUCACCCCACGCUCAGCGGCGCCAAUGGUGAAGAUGACAAGAUCCAAGACUUUCCAGGCCUACCUGCCCUCCUGCCACCGGACCUACAGCUGCAUUCACUGCAGAGCCCACUUGGCCAAUCAUGAUGAACUCAUUUCUAAGUCGUUCCAAGGAAGUCAAGGACGCGCAUACCUCUUUAACUCCGUAGUUAAUGUGGGCUGCGGGCCUGCGGAGGAGCGAGUGUUGCUAACGGGACUGCACGCAGUCGCAGACAUUUACUGUGAAAACUGCAAAACCACUCUGGGCUGGAAAUAUGAGCAUGCCUUUGAAAGCAGCCAGAAAUAUAAAGAAGGGAAAUACAUCAUUGAGCUGGCACACAUGAUCAAGGACAAUGGCUGGGACUGAGCCGAGAGCCGCCGCCAGCCCGUGUCCGCGUGAACGCCACCCAACUGAACAUUCUACCCAAGCGUGAGAGAGUGACUGGACACUUGGUUCCAUCCAUGUAGGGGCCUCGCCCCCUGGGGCACCCGCCCACCCCGACGCCGUCUUUCUGGUGACCGGCCUCUAAAUCGCUGUCUCUCUGUCUCUUUGCUUUGUAUCUGUUUGUGAGUUGAUCCUGGCUUCUCUCUCUGUUCUCGUGUUGGCUGAAAACAAAACAGCAAAAGGAACAGAUGCCUGACCGCAUGGCGGCAGCCCACCCUGAUCAGGGCCUGGGGCCCACGUGAGAGCUGCCUGACGGCCUCUGGUCGGGGGAGCAGUGCACGGCGGGGUAUGAGCAAGGGGGAACCUUGAGGGUUCCGGGGUGGGCAGGGGACGGGAGGGGAGAGGUAGGGGCACAAUUGUGCUACCCCUGGAGACCCGGUAACUUAGGCUUGAAGUAACCAAGUUGUCUAAAAGGACAAAGAGAAAAAAAAUACCUCAUGGCCGUGCUCUCUCCCAUCAGAAGCUUCUGCUCCUGACACCACAGGGGCCAGGUGAGCAGGUGGGCACCAGAGUGGCCCUAAUCCUAGCUGGCAGGGCAGCGGCCUGCUUCUCCUGGGCCAGGCGGGGUGUCUUGGAGGCUGUGAGUGAUUGUGGGGGAAGCCCAGCUGGGUUUGGAUGACUCUGGAGCCCCACCGGUCCUCUGGGUAAUCUUCGUUUCCUCUUCAGCCACCAGAGGUGAGAGGAGGGGGACUGCCAUUUGCAAUGGGUGCAAAAUCCAAACAUCCCAAAGGCUGUGACCAGGAACCAGGUAAAAAUCAAUAAUUGAGGAGAACAGGGAACAAGGAGCUGCAGUUCACAGGAGCUCCUGCAGAAAUGGCUCCGAUAUUGGGCUCGGAAAAAACUCCAUGUAAAACCAAUUAGCAUUUCUGCAUGUCUGACCGUUUCCCUGACCCUCGGUGAAAGGAGAGAGUGCCGUGGCGAGGAACGGGGCGUGGGGGGCGAAGCUGGGAGGAGCCUAGCUUUGAACCACUGCCAGUUCGGUGCCUCCUCCUUCCGUCUCUGGUGUGCAGCAGCUUCGGGGAGGUCAGCAGUUCUCCGUACAUAGAGUGUUGGGGUGAUUUUCUCCAGUUCUAUCAUCAUAGAUUGUGGAAAACAAAGUCCCAAGGGUUUGAGCUUAGGGAUAGCUUGAAUGUGAGAGAAAACUGUCCGAAUGGUCCAAUAGGGGGAGGGAUCAGACUUGAUGUCAAAUGUCAAAUUUUAAUAUUACCCAACGUCCCCACUC